AUGUCUUUACAUGGUAGUUUUCUGUCUGACGAGCAGUUCCAGUGCUCCAUAUGCCUCGAUUUGUUCACUAACCCUUCAUCCACACCAUGCGGCCACAGCUUCUGCAUGGCCUGCAUCAGCAGUUACUGGGAUGGAUCCCAGGUCUGCCAGUGUCCUCUCUGUAAGAAAACCUUCCAGAAGCGACCAGCUCUCCAGAUCAACAGGACACUCCGAGAGAUCACAGAGCAGUUUAAAUCCAUGCGAGGAGGACAGGAGAUCCAGGAGAUGAUCAAGGAGAGAAACAGGAAGAUUGAAGAGAUCAGGAUGUCUCUGGCUGAACUGGAGCUGGCGGUGGAGCGAGAGACAGCAGGCAGUGUUUCCCUGUUUUCUGCGCUGGUGUCUGCAGUCGAGCGCUCCCAGGCAGAGCUGAUGGAGGUGCUGGAGAUGAGCUAUAGGGCGGCCAAGCUCCAGGCCAGUACCAUGAUAUGUCAGCUGGAGCUGGAGGUUAAAGAACUGCGCAGGAGAGAAAAUGCUCUUGAAAAGCUUUCACAAUCAAAUGACCACAUACACUGUGUCAAGUCAUUCCCCUUCCUUGCAAGUCCUGCGCCCACCAAGGACUGGUCCAGGGUGUCCCUGAACUCUGACCUGGGGACAGGGUCCAUCUAUAGGUCACUGGCAGCUGUGGUGGAGAGGUUCCAGGAAGAGCUCAAGACCCUUUCAAACACAGGUUUUACUGCAUCGUUGUGUGAGCAUUCCACCACCAGUCAGUGGUAUAAAUCUAUUCAAUGCAUUAGUGAGUGUUCUGUUUUAAUGAAACUGUUUUGUUUUUAUGCAGGGGAGAAGAGGGUACAGGAGUAUGCGGUGGAUAUAACUCUGGACUCCAACACUGCCCACCCCAGGCUGAUUCUGUCAGAGGACAUGAAAAGUGUGAGGUGUGGAGAUCGACCCCAGCUGCUUCCAGACAAUUCCGAGAGGUUUGACAGAGUCAUCUGUGUUCUGGGGAGGGAGGCAAUUUCCUCUGGGAGACAUUACUGGGAGGUAGAGGUGGGUGGGAAGACGGACUGGGACCUGGGGGUGGCCAGACAAUCAGCCAACAGAAAGGGUAAUAUCAAGGUUACCCCAAGCAAAGGCUACUGGUUCCUCAGCCUAAGAGACAAGAAUAAAUACGCCUUCCCCUCUGAGCCCUCUACAGAUGUCCAUCUGAACCGCCAGCCACACAAAAUUGGGGUAUUUGUGGACUUUGACAAAGGACAGGUAUCCUUCUACAAUGUUGAUGCUAAAAUCCACAUCUACACUUUCAACGACACUUUCACUCAGCAUAUCUACCCUUUCUUCAGCCCUUGUACUAAUAAAUCAGGGAAGAAUGACGGGCCGCUGGUCAUCACACCAGUAUUCACUUUAUCUUUUUCAUUUGUCAAAAUGACCCCAUGCUGA